AAACUGUUGGCUGUUCGAUUGCUCGCACUCGUCUGUUAGCUGGCCGAGUUUGUUUAGUUUGUAGGUGAACACCAAGCGUGAAAGUUGAACGAAAAAUAUAAGUACGCCGGAUACGUCGUUAGCCGUGUUUCCUUCCUUCGAAUCACAUUUUAACGAAUUUUUAAACUCGAAAUACAAUAAAAAAAAAAAUUGAACAAUUUUCUCCGCGCUUGUGAAAAAGUGAUUGGCAUUUUCAAAAAGAAAAAUCUAAAAAAACAAAUUCUUUUGCCAAAAGUCUCUAAGUGAUUGUGUUCGAAGAAGUUUUUUUUGGGAAAAUUAGCAAACAUGGGUUGUGCUACUACCACCGUCAAAAUUGCAUCCAUCAUAUUUAACAUCAUUUUGGCGAUCUUUGCCAUAGGAUGUAUUAUUGGUAUUUCCUUCAACCCGGAUGCCAUGCGUGAAGAUAUCGCCAUUGGUGCCUACAUUGCCUGCUCCCUCAUAGUGUUCUUUGCUUUCCUUGGAUGCUUUGCGGCAAUACGUGAAUCUGUUUGCCUAACAGCAACUUGUGCCGUAUUCCUACUGGUUCUGGCCGCCUUGCAAAUUGCGCUGACAUGUAUAGGCAUGAGCGACACUGGAGUGCGUAGCGGAGUCGACACCGUCAACAAAGCCUGGGAAGCCAAUGCCAUGGAUGAAAUACAACGCGAACAUGAGUGCUGCGGCAAAGUAAGCCCAAAUGAUUACAUUACUCUGAACAAGGCUGUGCCAAAAAGUUGCUACUUCGAUGAGGAUGAGGCCAACAGUCUCUUUCACGAAGGCUGCAAGGACAAAUUGCAGCAAUACUACGAUAAUGAGUCCUAUUUCUUUGCCAUUGCCUCUUGGUCCUUGGUGGUAUUUGAGAUUAUUGGUUUCCUGCUGGCUCUCUUCUUGGUCAUCAAUUUCCGCAACACACAAAGACGCAUGCAGUUUUAGGAAUUCCAUUAGGCUCUUCAGAUCAACUUUUGUAUUCUAGAAAAUGCAAUCAAAUUUAUAAUAAAUUUGGCAUCGUUUCCAAAUUCUAAUCUAAUUUUAAUGUUUCAAAAUUUCCAAAAUUUCCAUCUAAUACCUCACCCCACUCCGCCCACCACUACCAACAAACACCUUAGAUUUAAGCACAAAUUCUAGCGAUAAGGAACGAAAUUUGGAGGAGAAGUUUAAGUGCAAUUCAUUGACUGUAAUCGUGUGUCUAAGUGUCCAAUUUUCAAAUGAAACGUUUGUACAUGUCAAUUUUCUAGAUGUCUAAGUAAUAACUUUAAAGUACCUAUUCGUUAGUUUAUUGAAAAACAUGUUUCUCUAUGUGUAUUUAUUACAUUUGUGUUAACUACUUAUAUUGUAAAUUAUUAGUUAUUUAUAUACAACCAAAAAAAAAUAUUUAAAUUAAAUAAAGAAGACAACACUCA